AUGGGCCAAGACUUCAAGAAAGCACCCGCCAAAGAAGACAUCGAAGUGGCCGUUAAUGGCCUCGGGCCCGGCGGCCUCGCCCUCGACAAGAGCAUAGCAAAGGUCCACCGCGUCUGCGCCUUCGACUACUGCUGGGAAGGCCCUCACAACCCAGUCAAGAACAUUUGGUGGUCGGACAACCCGCACGACCUGUCCUUCGCUACACACUUCAUCAUUGCGGAUUCAUGCUCGCGUCGAUAUACUGGGAGGGAGUUCGAAGCCCGGGUGACGGAUAUCCUCUGGGCGCGGAGUAUCAUCCGAGCGGCCCUCGUUGACAGAGAGUCUCCCGCCACCAUUAUCCUGGCAAGCGUGGUGCCGGUGGAGGGCUUAACCAAGAAGCUCCUUGGAGAGUUCCAUGCCGCAGGACAUCGACUUGGCGUUGCACCACAGGUCGACUUGAAACCCGGCACCAAUGAAUACCUCAAUGGCCUGCCGAAAGUUGUAGGAGGCAUUGAUCGCGAAUCAACGAGGAGUAUUGGUUCGCUGUACGAGUCUGUCUUUGGCAGAGACGAUGUGUUUUCGCAGGGCAAGGUGGAGUUUGUUGAGGCAGCCACAGCUCAUGGUUUUUUGAUGACCGUUGCCUUGAGUGCGAGAUUACAAAAGCUAAUUGACGAUGAUAUUGAUCGUAUGGCCGAUGAGUACGGUUCUGAGUGGUCUGAUGAAGAGUGGUCCGAUGAUGAGGGGUCCGAUAAAGAGAGCUCCAAGGACAAGAGAAGCUCCCAUGUCACCGCGCACAAUAUUGGCAGUCCGGACUUUGACCUCAGCGAAGACUCCGGCAGCUCGAGCAACACGGCUUGGAGCCGCAGCCAGAAGCGCCAGUACUCGCAGCUGCGGAUAUGCAGGAAUAACCUGCGUAUGACCAUUGGAAAGAGCUUUAGCCAUGGUGGACAUGCAGGCGGGCCAGUAGCUACAGGCUGUGAUGGGCAGUGA